AUAUAUGUAAAGUAUUGAGCAUUGGUGAUCUGGUGAACGAUGCGCUAUAUUUAAAGCUGUUAGAUUAUUCAUCAAUUUCCCGUUGUCACAAUGGGAACUGACUCAUCGAUAAAAGCUGUUGAGGAACAGUCUGGUCCAAAGAAAGAAGAGACUUCUAAGGAUGACCUGUCUGAGGAAGACAAACAGCUUCAGGAUGAGCUAAAUAUGCUCGUGGACAGACUUGAGGAGUCGAACCAGGAACUACAUAAGCCAGCUUUAGAGUCCAUGUGUACAUUGAUAAAGUCCUCUACAACGUCCAUGACAUCCGUUCCCAAGCCCCUAAAAUUCCUGAUGCAUCAUUAUGCCAAAAUUAAGUCUUUUUACAACACUAUAUGUAAUCCAGAUACGAAAAAACUUUGCGCUGAUGUCGUAUCCGUUCUGGGCAUGACUGUAACUGACCAGCCUGAAACGCGUUACGAUACACUGACUUACAGACAUCUUGGUUGCCAGGGUGAUAUUGGAGCUUGGGGUCAUGAGUAUGUUCGUCACUUAACGAAUCAAAUCGUCGGUACUUGGCAAGAAAAAGAAUACGAUUCACUAAUGGAUAAUCCUGAAGCCACAAACGAAAUGAAAAAGCAUCGAGAAGACUGCCUCUCUCUUGUUCACCAAAUAAUCCCCUACCUAAUGGAACACAAUGCAGAGGCUGAGGCAAUUGACCUUUGUAUCGAAAUUGAACAACAUCAUCUUCUAGAGAUGUAUACAUCAAGUUCAAACUAUACUCGAGUGUGCCUUUAUCUGACGAGCUGUGUAGCUUAUCUGCCUACACCAGAUAACAAUAAGGUACUUCAGUAUGCAACUAUUUUGUACCGUAAAUUCGAGGAUUUGGGCAAUGCUAUGCGUUGCGCUUUACGUCUAAAUGACAUGAAUUUAAUCCGCGAAAUAUUUUUAGAAUCUGGGAAGGUUAAAACAGGUUCUCGUAAUUAUGGACCAGCUAUCCAACGUCAAAUUGCCUAUCUUCUUGGUCGACAGAACAUUGUAUUUCCAGAUGAGGAAUGUUUAGCAGAUGAGGAAUUAACAGAAAUGCUUUGGAAUACCAGGCUAUCAGAACACUUCUUGUCUCUUGGUCGUGAAUUAGACAUUAUGGACCCAAAGUUACCAGAGGAUAUCUACAAAUCUCAUUUGGAGGCAGUCAGACCAACUUUAAAUGCGGCCACUUUAGACUCGGCACGAGCUAAUUUAGCUGCAUCCUAUGUGAAUGGACUUGUAAAUUGUGGUUUCGGUAAGGAGAAGCUACUACAAGAAACACCUAAAGAAGUCCCAUGGUUGUGCAAACAGAAAGAAUUCGGUAAAAUGAGUACUGUGGCUACGCUCGGUUGGGUGCUUUUAUGGGAUGUUGACACUGGGUUGUCGCAACUUGAUAAAUAUCUUUAUUCUGUAGAGGAUCAUACUCGUGCUGGUGGUCUUUUAGGUUGUGGAGUUGUCAAUUGUGGUGUUAAAAACGAAUGUGAUCCUGCGUUAGCUCUCCUUGGAUCUUAUGUGGAUUCUGACAAGGACGUCCUUUCUCGUGCGGCAAUUAUUGGUCUCGGUGUAGCUUACGCUGGUUCAAUGAAAGCAGAAGCUAUAAGCACUCUUACACCUGUUAUCCUGGAUAUUAAUACAGCGAAGCUUCAACAUGCUUGUUUGGCAGCACUUUCAGCAGGCCUUAUCUCAGUUGGUUCACUUGAUGGGACCGUCACUUCUACUAUCAUCCAAAGUUUAUUGGAAAGACCCGCAAGUCAUUGGAGCAAUGUUUUUAGCAAAUUUAUGGCACUUGGUUUAGGUCUAACGUGUUUAGGCCGACAGGAAGAAGUUGAAGUUAUUCUGGCUUCUUUAGAGGCUGUAUCUGAACCUAUGAAAUCAAUGGCUCACAUGAUCUGUGACUUUUGUGCUUAUGCUGGCAGCGGGAAUGUAUUAAAAAUUCAAAAUUUACUUCAUAUCCUCUCUGAAAAGUAUGAAGAAAAAGAAAAUACUGAUAAGGCUUCCAAUACAAAAACAAAAGAGAAAAAGGAAAAGUCGAGUGAAGCUCGCCGUGGAGGGGGUCGUGGGAGAAAUCGUCGUGGUGGGUCAACUAGACCGGCUGCUACAUCUGCUACUACUAAUGACCAUAAUAACGGACAUAAUACAGAUGCUCCUACAGCUAUGGACACUACUGGUCAAGUAAAUGAAGAUACCAUUACCUCAGAAGAGACAGGCGUUCCCCAACCCAUACCAAUGGAUACGUCCAAUGCAGAAGAGUCCACACCACAGGAAGACAGUACAUUUGAUUUUCAUGCUCAUCAGGGUCUAGCUGUUUUGGGAGUUGCUAUAAUUGCUAUGGGUGAAGAAAUUGGCCUAGAUAUGGCCUUCCGAAUGUUCGGCCAUCUUGUAUGUUCUUUUGUGCCACUUGGAUAUAUUAAGUAUCUAAGUGUAUAUGAUGUUAUGUGUAAAUAUUUAUUUCUGCCUUAUCUGUCAUAGUUUCAAGCAGUAAGUGUUUAAAAGUUUUUUGAUACUUGAUACGCUAAUACUGUUGCUUCUAAUCGAAUAACAGCUGAAUUUCAAAAUCGAUUGCGUGUCUAGUAGAUAAGUUGAAAAGUCCUUACACAUACGAGAUUACUUGUAUCCUCCUGUUUGUUGCUUGCAAAAAUGUGAUUUGCAUCCGGCAAUAAGUAUAAUCAUACUAAAGAGUAUUUUCAAAUAUUGAACACAACUUAUGAGUAAAAUAAGUAGUAGAUAACAAUGUCUUAUUAAGUUGUAGUAAACAGCAAACGAAACUCGGGUGAAGCUAAUGUGUGUUUAGGAUAGUUAGGUUUGUCAAGUUUAAAUAUGCAGUAUAGCCACCACUCUAUGAUAAAUUCAGUGGUUUCUACUUGUAUCAUCGACUGACCUUGCGAAUAGGCGUUGGAUUUUCACUUUCAAGUCCAGUUCUGUCUAACAUUAUUGUGAUUCCAAUAGUUAGGUAAAUUUACAUAUCUGUCAAUUCGCAUAUAAGUCAAACUAACAAUGUAUUACAGCAAGUAUAAAGAUAUUUUUUAUGAUUAAUGUUAUGUACUUUCUCAGAAAAAUUCCCUGUCCUAUAAAAAAUGUCAAUUUUGGUGAGUGUAUGUAAGUUAAUGAAGUUGGUUUUAGUCAUAAGUAUUAUAGACAUUUUUCGAUAACAGAAAAUGCUUUAUUUUAAUAAUUACUUUACAGUUAAGAUUCGGCGAACUUCCAAUUAAAAGAGCUGUCCCACUAGCUCUUGCAUUGUGCUACGUAUCGAAUCCUCAGCUAAAAGUAUUGGAUACUUUAAGCAAAUUUAGUCAUGAUUCAGAUGCAGAGUUAUCACACAAUUCUAUAAUUGCAAUGGGCAUUGUCGGUGCAGGUACGUUCAUUAUGUAUUUUUGGUAUAGAAGUUCAGUGUUUUAUUAUUUGUAAUAUACCUUUCUUACUUUCGUCUGUUACUCCCGAUGGAGCAUAAGUUGCCGACCAGCAUUCUCCAACCCACUCUAUUCUAAGUCUUCCUUUCUAGUUUUAUCCAAUUGUUAUUCAUUCUUCUCAUGUCUGUCUUCAUUUCUCGGCGUAAUGUGUUCUUUCAUCUUCCUCUUCUCCUUUGGCCUUGAGGAUUCCAUGUGAGGGUUUGCCUUGUGACACAGUUGGGUGCUUUCCUCAAUGUGUGUCCUAUCCACUCCCAGCGCUUCUUCCUGAUUUCUUCCUCCACUGGGAUCUUGUUUGUUCUCUCCCACAGUAGGUUGUUGCUGAUAGUGUCUAGUCAACGGAUCCUAAGUAUUUUGCGUAGAUUGCUGUUAAUAAACACUUGUAUCUUCUAGAUAAUGACUUUCGUAGUUCUCCAGGUUUCCGCCCCAUACAGUAGAACUGUCUUGACAUUUGUAUUGCGAAUUCUGGGUUUGGUGUUGGUUGACAGUUGUUUUGACUUCCAGAUGUUCAGUUUCAGAUAUAAUAUCAUAUACCUUCAUAAUUCUAAUUAAAGAUAUAUAGUUUAGUUUUUAAUGCUGAUUUAUCUUUCCAUCUAUUCUUUAAUUCUUCCUCAAAUACCUCAAUUUAUCAUCACUCAGUGGUCACAUUGUCAGGGAAGUUGGACAGUAGUAUCUUCAGGACUCCAAAUAUUCUCGAACUGUUAACCAGUUCGAGUGAUUGAAGUUGGAAAUCAGUUAACUUCCAAGUGGUGAUAUCUCUCAAUAAGUUAACAUUAACUGUGGGGGACGGUAAAGCAAUACAUGUUUUAGAUACUGCUUGAAUUCAUCCUUUUUUUCAAACUACAUUAUCCUACUUUUAGUCAUUCUCACUAUCAUUUAUACUACUGUCACUUCAACUCCUUAUAUUCAUGUUAUUGCUAUCUCGCCUUACUAAUGUGUUAUGGCAACAUAAGUUGACUCACAUAUGUAACUCAGACUUUCUUGUUUGAAACUGAUUCUAUCUAUCGGUGAAGAUCUGUGUGAUAUACCACCUAAGAUGUAUCAGCCACAUAAAAUAUGAUGAAUUUGUUUCUCUUAAAUGCCUUAAAAAUAAGUUUAAGUGCUAAUUGGUCAUUUUAACGACAUAUCUCUCAAAGUUAUUAGAACAAAUGACGUUUUCAAGCUUAUCGGUUGUCUGUUAACCAAGCCGUUCAUGUGUUACAAAUAUAGAUUCCUAAGACCCAUGAUAGCUUUUUCUUUUAUCAGCACUAAAACUAACUGGAUGAAUAACCUCCAUAGUAUUUUUGUACGUUAUAAUCUAAGUUGCUUAUCGCCAUCUCUGAUCUUAGUUACAGUGUGAACCUUAUUUGUCUUUUACUUAAAAAAAUUUUUGUUGCCAUUUCUUUCUUUUCAGGAACAAAUAAUGCACGUUUAGCUGCUAUGUUACGUCAGCUUGCUGUUUAUCAUAGCCGCGAUCCAUACAAUUUGUUCUUAGUUCGACUUGCUCAAGGCUUAACACAUCUUGGAAAAGGGACACUCACACUGAGUCCUUGGCAUUCUGAUAGAUUCCUAUGCCGUCCUGUUGGGUUAGCUGGACUUCUCAUACUGUUAACAUCUUGUCUGGAUAUGAGGAUGACAUUUAUGAGUAGACACGAUUACCUGAUUUUUUAUAUUACACCUGCAAUUCAACCUCGCCUGUUGAUGACUUUCGAUGAAGACUUGAAACCUUCGCUUGUGACUGUUCGUGUAGGUCAGGCUGUCGAUGUUGUUGGUCAGGCAGGAAGGCCGAAAACCAUUACAGGAUUUCAGACGCAUACCACACCAGUUUUAUUAUCUCAUGGUGAGCGUGCAGAACUUGCAACGGAUGAAUAUUUACCUAUAACACAACUUCCUUUAGAGGGUUUCAUACUUCUCCGAAAGAAUCCUGAAUACGAGGAAACAAAUAAAUAAUUGUUUCUUUAUUCCUUUAUCUGUUAUCACGAUGUAAUAAUACAGUAUUCUAUUUCUACAUCUCAUUUUUUCAGAAAUAAAAUUCAAUUUUCUCUUGUUCUUUUAGUUCUACAGAAUUUGACAUACUAAUCUAAUUUAUUAAACCUGAUAAUAAUAUAGUGUAGGAAGUAUUAGUAAUUCGCCAGGUUUUCAUUUUUCCACGUAAGAAGUGCUUUAGUUUAUUUGCGAGGGUCCGAAUUCCAUUAUACUUUUAGUGACUAUUUCUCCACUUACGAAUUUUUACAGUCCCCUGUGUUCAUCUUUAUUUUCCGAUGUUACUGAGUGCAAUUCCUACUUAUUUGUGAGCUGUUCUAAAUUAAAACUUAAAUGGUUUAAUAGCCUUUGAUCACUUCAUUGAUGACAUUUUGUCUAUCAUAUGUCAGUCACAUGUUCUGGUUAGGUUUUCUUCCCAAUAAAAUGAGUAAUUUUCUAUGUUCGUGUAUAAAGUAUUCUUUACAAUAAAGUUC